UCUUCUAAUGCUGUGGUCCUUUCGUAAAAUUCGUCUCAUAAUUAUAAUAUUUAAUACAUUGUUGCAUAACAUUCAUGCAACGCAAUUUUUCAUUAAGUUGCAAAAUUUUCGUUACCUCAUAGCGAUAUGUCAAGUCUGGAAGCGUUAAUAGUGCGUUCCAAUGCCGAAGUUCUUUCAUUGAAUGCGCCUGAAGAUACAUCGUCUCUUGUGCAUAUGCCAAGUCAACAAUAGUUUCAACCUGAAGAUUCGUCGUCUCCUGUUGAUAUGCAAAUUCAACAGUCGAUUCAGUCUGGUAAUUCCGACGACUCAUAUGGAACCCACCAGUUCGAAAAUAUGCAUCCGCAAUUUAAUUACAAUGGUGGUCAUUACAACUGGGGAAUGCAGCAGCCGUACUGGAACUAUAAUUCACAUUUAAUGAAUUCUUCUUAUCAAACACCAUCAACUGUCCCCGAAUUUCCGAGCCAGCAAAAUAUUGGAGCAAUAACAAGCUAUAGGCCAAAAGAAUCACAUCAUCUGCAGCUUCAUGCUGAAAGUAGUUCCGGCCCUUCUACAUCCCGAGAUUCUUCGUCUUAUUAUGCUACGGAUUCUCCAUCGUCUCUUCCCAUUCCAAAGAAAGUCAAUCACGACAAAAAGAAAUACUUCUCUGACCUUGCCAAGAUUAAUGAAAAGUUGUCUAUGAUCGAUAAAAAAAUUAAUCCAGUUGACAAAUGCAUUGAGGAAAUAAAUGAAGGCAUUGCUUCUCUUCCAUUAAAAAACUUAGAAGAAUUGGAAGCAUUCGAAAAAAUGCUGAAGAAAGAUGAAAAUCUGAAGAAGCUAGUAAGUUUUCAAUAAUUUAUAUAUUUCAUUUAGUAUGUUAAACUCCUCUUUCAUUCAUGAAUAGAUAGUCCGAAAAAUCCGUCUUUUAGGAAAAAAGAAUUCCAAAAAUUUAGAAGGUGACUAUGUACAAAGAGCGUGGAGUAACAGUAUUUGAAGAUUCACUCUCUAAGGAUGUAAAUUGGCUUGGGAGACGUGAUAAGAGAGUAAACGGUGGAAUGGGGAAAAAAGGAAUCCACUCUUGUCGUAUAACGGAAUUAGUAAGAGUUGGAAUCAUCUCCAAUUCAAAGUUUAAAGAUCUGGAAAAAGAAGUGUUCGUCGCUGAAACCAAAUCGUAUCUUCAUAAUGCAAAAGGGCGUUUUGUGGCAGAACAAGCGAAACUUGCGGUGGAAGACAACAGCAGCGAUUCUAAUUAAUAAUAAGACUUGAAUGUCUUCCUGUCACAGUUUGUAACUGGUGUUUCUUCGCCGAUU